UUAUUUUUCUGCACUUAGGGAAGGGAUGCUAUUGAUGAAGGUGAGGCAGCUAGUGUAGAAAAUCCAGCAACCUCAACACCAUCAUCCACACCAACAUCUACUGCUUCUGGUGCACCAGCAGAUGGAAGAGCAUCAAGUGAAUCACCGAUGGAAGUUGACCAGCCAAACAGAGGAACUGGUUCAGGUGGCCAAGGAACAUCUGCAGAGCAAGAGGCUGGAGAUAUACCACCACGUUUGAGUGAACAGUUAGAUCUUGAUAACCUCUGGGAAACACUAAGUGACUGUCUGUCCAGCUUGUCAGAAACUCCAGACCACCAUGCUGUGUUAGUUCUCCAGCCAGCUGUGGAAGCAUUCUUUUUGGUGCAUGCAGCAGAGAAGGAUGAUCAGAAGACAACUGAGAACCCUCUGUCAGGAAUAACCUCAAGAGAUGCACAUGAUGCAGAUCUUUCUUCUCCAAUGAUAACCACACCAGGGUCUUCCACAUCACUGGCAAGCUUUUUCUCACGAGAAGCAUCAGUGACAUCUAUUGUGACACCUAGUAUGCCCCCUGAUACACAAAAGUUCCUCAAGUUUGCUGGUAAUGUAAUAGUGUGUUUUGAGUAGGCUGUAGCAUAAAUCAAUGCAAAUGAAUUAUCUUUGUAUAUUUGUACAGUUAAAAUAGCACUAUUGUAACUAAUACAUUAACAGUAGAAACAAGUCAAGAUUUAAUUUAAUACUUCUGUUUUUGGUUCUGGCUCUGGU